AAUUGAUGAGUCCACAGACAUCUCUGUGACAAAACAGUUAGAUCUCCUUGUCAGGUACAGUAGUGGUCUUCUUCUUAUUUUUUUUUAAAUGGGUCAUGAUGAGGUCUUCCUGAAUGUGUAACAAAACCAGGUAAGGCUAAUUGUUUUUGUAAAUACUCCAGGUACACAGACAAGGAAGGACGGAUGUUCUGUCAAUUCCUGGAUCUUGUAUCUAUUCCAGAUGGCACAGCUAUAACUAUAGCUGAAGCUGUGAAGGAGGUCAUCAUAAGAAAAGAAAUACCUCAGGACCGCAUCUUUGGCCUUGGCACAGAUGGAGCCGCAGUGAUGACCGGAAGAAGGAACGGCACAGCAAAAUUGCUGACUGACUCCUGGCCAGCAUUAGUGUCAGUGCACUGUGCUGCUCAUCGCCUUGCACUAGCAUGUAAAGAUGCAGCAGAUGGAGUGCCAUAUAUGAAAAUAUUCAGAAAGCACCUACAAGACCUGCACCUUUAUUUUAGGAAUAGUGCAAACCGCACCAGCGCUCUAAAAGCAGCUGCAAGUGUGCUUGGAGUAGAAGACCUGAAAGUCACAGAGGUUAAGGACACUAGGUGGCUAUCACAAGAGAAGGCCAUUUCAAAUCUUCAAAGAAAUCUACCUGCAGUGCUUGCUACACUAGCUGAGGAGGCAGAAUUAAAAAAGGACCCUGUGGCACGGGGGUUGUACACCUACUGUGCAACUUACAGAUUCGUUGCAGCUGUCCACCUGCAAUCGGACAUCCUGCCCUACCUGGCGCAGCUUUCAAAAUUGUUCCAGAAGGAAGAUAUCAAUUUCAUGGCAAUCAAGAACCAUGUUCCUGUUACCAUUGAGACAUUGAGAAUAAUUAAAGCAGCAGGUGAACGGCAACCCGAGGGCUCCUUUCUAGCUCAGGUUGAAGAGAAGGUGGCCAAUCUGAACAUCAGUGCCGAAGAAGACAGGGUGAGGCGUGGGACAGCUCUUCCCACCGACACCUUAUGGGCACGUUUUCAGACACAAGUCAUGGAGCCUUACAUUGACGGACUCAUUGAGCACCUGGAGCUGAGGUUCCAGCAGCUUGGGAUUCUUGGUGCCUUUAGUUCCCUGGGACCACAAGGACCACAAGCUGAUGAGAGUCGUGCCAUCUCAGAUCUACAACUGCUGGCCAAGCAGUUCCCUCCCAUCAGUGAGAUGGCACUUCUCCAAGAGUGGCAGAGCUACAAAGUCCUAAUAACAACCGUAAUACUGAAAGUGAGUGAUAGUCAUUAA